AUGACAACUCGCACGCCUACCAGCAGUUGCAACUCGGACUCGGACGGAAAGGCGACUUUGGCCGAAAAUCAGGAAGAGAUUGAUCGUGAUCUCACUCACUUGGCUCGCACCGUGAGUGAGCGAUCCAAAGGGUCGCACCAUCCGCUGCCUUUUAACAAAAAUGACCUCGUUCUCGACCCACACAGUUCUCGAUUCAACUCCAGAGCCUGGGCAAAAGCCUUUUACGGUCUUCGCUACCAGUCUGAUAACAGCGCCCCAGCACGCGUGGCCGGGGUUGCCAUCAAGAACCUGAAUGUGGUGGGAUAUGGCAGUCCAGUUGACUAUCAGAUGAGCGUGGGGAAUGCGAUCUUGAAGGUGCCAGCCCUCAUCCGCCAACUUCUGGGCGGGAAGAAGCACAAAAUUGAGAUCCUUCGUGAUGUCGACGGCUUGCUUCUCCCGGGUGAACAACUCUGUGUUCUCGGGCCUCCUGGUUCCGGCUGCUCGACCUUCCUCAAAACAAUUGCGCAAGAGACAUAUGGAUUCCAGGUCGACCCGACCUCGUACAUCAACUACCAAGGGAUCACCCCAAAGCAGAUGUCAGCGGAAUUCCGUGGUGAAGCCGUAUAUACAGCCGAGGUGGAUGCUCACUACCCCCAACUGGUGGUUGGAGACACUCUGUACUUCGCUGCCCUCGCCCGUGUCCCUCGUCAAGUACCCGGUGGAAUGUCUCGCCAGGAGUACGCCACCCAUCUGCGAGAUGUGAUCAUGUCAAUCUUUGGGAUCAGCCAUACGAUUAACACCAUGGUUGGGAAUGAUUUUGUGCGUGGCGUCAGUGGAGGUGAGAGAAAGCGAGUUACCAUCGCAGAGGCCGCAUUGAGCUAUGCUCCAUUGCAGUGCUGGGAUAACAGCACUCGAGGCCUGGAUAGUGCCAACGCUGUGGAAUUCUGUCGGACAUUACGCACACAGGGCGAUGUUUUCGGUGUGACCUCGUGUGUUGCCAUCUACCAGGCACCCCAGGCAGCCUACGACCUUUUCGACAAAGUCACCGUUCUGUACGAAGGACGACAGAUCUACUUUGGCCCUGCCCAGGCAGCCAGGGAUUAUUUCAUUCGCAUGGGGUUCAUAUGCCCCGAGGCACAGACAACUGCUGACUUCCUGACUUCCAUGUCAAGCCCCGUUGAACGCGUCAUACGCCCAGGAUAUGAGCACCUCGUGCCCAGAACGUCCGACGAAUUCGCCAGACGAUGGCAUGAAAGCCCUGAGCGCCAGGCUCUUCUGCAUGAAAUCGACCAAUAUGUUGACGCACACCCAUUCCACGCUUUGGACCUUGAUAGAUUCGCCUCUGCUCGACAAGCGGAAAAGUCCACAAAACAGCGGCGAAAAUCUCCAUACACUUUGUCCUACUGGGGCCAGAUUCGGAUUUGCCUAUGGAGAGACUUUCAGCGACUCAAAAACGAUCCGAGUGUGACUCUCGCCAUGCUAAUUGGAAAUUUCUUCGAAGCCUUGAUCGUUUCUAGUGUGUUCUACAACCUGGCAAACGACACAUCAUCUUUCUUCUCGCGUGGUGCCCUUCUCUUCAUGCUGGUCCUCCUGACCGCCUUUUCCAGCCUGCUGGAAAUCAUCGUUCUGUAUGAGAAGAGGACCAUCGUCGAGAAACACACCCGAUACGCCCUCUAUCACCCGAGUGCUGAGGCCAUAUCAUCCAUGAUCAUGGACAUGCCCUACAAAAUCGUGAACUCGUUGCUCGUCAAUCUGGUGUUGUACUUUAUGGGAAAUCUCCGACGGACGCCGGGAGCAUUCUUCUUUUUGUACCUGGUCGCAUUCUCCAUGAUGAUGAGCAUGUCUAUGUUUUUCCGGUUUUUUGCCUCAAUUACCAAAUCGCUCGAGCAGGCCCUCGCGCCCUCGUCCAUCAUUCUGCUCGCCCUCAUACUCUAUACGGGAUUUGCUCUCCCCGUCAGCUACAUGCGUGGUUGGGGCUCGUGGAUCCGAUGGCUGAAUCCAGUCUCGUAUGGCUUCGAGGCUGUGAUGGUGAACGAGUUUCAUGACCGGGUGUUCCCCUGUGCCUCCUUCAUUCCCUCCGGACCAGGAUACGAGAAUGUUUCAAGUCAAGAGCGGGUGUGCUCGACUGCAGGAGCUGUUCCGGGGUCCGAUGUCGUCCAAGGCACCGCAUUCGUGCGCUCCUCUUAUGGAUACGAGAACAGUCACCGCUGGCGCAACUUCGGGAUUAUCAUUGCCCUGACCAUUUUUCUGGCUGUCUGUCACCUCGUCGCCUCCGAACUAGUUUCUAGCCAACGCUCCCGAGGUGAAGUGCUCGUCUUCCGGCGCAAGAAAGUGCAGAAAGCUUUGUCGGCACAGAACCAGAAGGAUGAGGAGCAGGGGCCUGAUCUUGUGGUGCAGAGCGACAAAGCACCCAGCCAGGGGUCGGGGACCAUCUCCGGAGUCGAGAAGCAAUCGUCAAUCUUCCACUGGGAGGAUGUGACCUACGACAUCAAGAUCAAAGGCGAGCCGCGACGCAUUUUGGAUCAUGUCGACGGUUGGAUUCGGCCGGGUACUUUGACAGCGCUCAUGGGAGUCUCCGGCGCCGGGAAAACGACCUUAUUGGACGUAUUGGCGAGUCGCACGACAGUUGGUGUUAUUGGUGGCAAUAUGUUGGUGGACGGUCGCGUUCGAGACGAAUCCUUCCAGCGUAAGACUGGCUAUGUGCAACAACAAGAUCUGCACCUCCACACCUCAACGGUCCGUGAAGCCUUGAAAUUCAGCGCCUUGCUCCGACAGCCACGCCAGUACAGCCGAGCUGAAAGGCUCGCGUAUGUGGAGACUGUGAUUGACCUUUUGAACAUGCGGGAGUAUGCGGAUGCCAUCGUCGGGGUACCAGGAGAAGGGCUCAACGUGGAGCAGCGCAAGCGACUGACAAUUGGAGUGGAACUGGCUGCGCGCCCUAAGCUGCUGCUUUUCUUGGAUGAGCCAACCUCGGGAUUGGAUAGCCAGACCAGCUGGUCCAUCUGCAACCUGAUGGAGACCUUGACCAAGAAUGGACAAGCCAUUCUCUGUACAAUCCAUCAACCGUCUGCCAUGCUGUUUCAACGCUUUGAUCGACUCCUUCUGCUGGCCAAGGGUGGCAAGACUGUCUACUUUGGGGAGGUGGGAGAAGGAUCGCAAGUUCUCAUGGACUACUUUGUUCGCAAUGGGGGAUCAGCCUGCCCGCCGGGGGCGAAUCCAGCAGAGCACAUGCUGGAGGUCAUUGGAGCGGCUCCAGGGGCCCAGACGGAGAUUGACUGGCCCGCAGUCUGGAGAAACAGUCCUGAAUAUCAAGAUGUGCAGAAGGAAUUGGCCAAACUGAGGGAGUUGGCCACCAAGCCCUCGCCGCUCGCUGAUCCGAAUGACAAGUCCAGCUAUGCCGAAUUUGCGGCGCCUUUCUUCGAACAACUGAUUCAGGUCGCCCGUCGGGUCUUCCAGCAGUACUGGCGCUCGCCCUCCUACAUCUACUCCAAGAUGGCAUUGACUGUUGGCUGUGCGCUCCUCAUCGGGUUCUCUUUUUUCAUGACAGACAACACUCGACAGGGGCUACAGAAUCAGUUGUUUGGCGUCUUCAUGUUUCUCUUCGUGGUUGUUCAGCUGGUGAUGCAGAUCAUCCCAACCUUUGUCACGCAGCGGACGCUCUACGAAUCGCGCGAGCGGCAGUCCAAGACCUAUGCAUGGCAAGCAUUUAUUCUCUCUAACAUCGCGGUGGAGUUCUUUUGGAAUACGAUCAUGGCGAUAUUAUCCUUCCUGGUCUGGUACUAUCCCGUCGGCCUGUACCGUAACGCGGAAUAUACCGGCGAGAUUCACACUCGGGGGACGCUGAGUAUCCUCAUCAUCUGGGCUGUCUUUCUCUUCACAAGUUCGUUUUCGCACAUGUUGAUCUCUGGGAUGGAUAGUGAUCAGCUGGCAUCAGCGCUGUCCAACAUCCUGUUCAUUAUGAUGUAUGCUUUCUGCGGCAUUCUGGCAGUUCCGGAUGCUCUUCCCAGCUUUUGGAUCUUCAUGUAUCGCGUCAGCCCCUUUACCUACCUGGUAUCCUCCUUGCUAUCGGCAACCCUGGGCGAUGCUCCCAUGCAUUGCGCCGACAACGAAAUUCUGUCCUUCUUCGCUCCCUCUGGAAUGAGCUGCGGCGAAUACAUGCAAGACUAUCGCUUGGCCCACGGGGGUUAUCUGCUCAAUCCGGACGCCCGAGACAGCGACGAGUGCAACUUUUGCAGCUUAGAGUACACCAAUCAGUAUCUGGCAGGCCUGAAUAUCAACUUCGCCAAUCGGUGGCGCGAUCUUGGCCUGCUGUGGGUGUAUAUUGUGGUCAAUACUGUUGGUGCCAUUGCGUUCUACUGGAUCUUUCGUGUGCCCAAGGGGAAGAAAGCCAAGAAGGAAUAG